AUUUUCAUUUAGCUACUGUAACACAGGUCAACAAGCGUCACGGUCUCUUGUCUCCUCCAUCCCUCUCGUCCAUGAAAACCACCACCACUUUCACCGCCGUGACCACCGGCCGCUAAAGUUUCAGGCUUUCUCAUCUCGCUUUUAGAAAAGAUCCAGACUUUUGACAUUUCAACCACUCGAACGAAUUCAGACAGGCUUCCAUGGCGAAAACCCGACCCGGACUGUCCACUUCCAAUCCCAAUCCGAAUCCCAAGGCAGCGAAGAAAGACAUCAACUCCUACACGAUUCGUGGGACGAACAAGAUCGUGAAAGCUGGGGAAUGUGUGCUGAUGAGACCAUCGGACAUCGGGAAGCCACCAUACGUGGCGAGGGUCGAGAAGAUCGAAACUGACCACAGGAAUAACGUGAAGGUUAGGGUUCGGUGGUACUACAGGCCUGAGGAAUCGCUUGGUGGCAGGAGGCAGUUUCAUGGCGCAAAGGAGCUCUUUUUAUCGGAUCACUAUGACGUGCAGAGUGCACACACCAUUGAAGGCAAGUGCACUGUCCACUCAUUCAAGAACUACACUAAGCUGGAGAAUGUUGGGGCUGAGGAUUACUACUGUAGGUUUGAAUAUAAGGCUUCCACUGGAGCAUUCACGCCUGACCGGGUUGCUGUGUAUUGCAAGUGUGAGAUGCCGUAUAACCCGGAUGACCUUAUGGUGCAAUGCGAGGGAUGCAAGGACUGGUACCAUCCUGCUUGUGUGGGCAUGAGUAUUGAAGCAGCAAAAAACUUGGAUUUUUUUACCUGUGAGGAUUGUAAGAAAGAAAUGAAAAAGUCUCAGAAUGGAUUUCAUGAAUCGCCACCAGCUGAAAGCAAGGUGGAAGCCAAACGCCGGAAGAGAUAAAAGUGCAUCUGGUGUAAAGAGUGUACUAGGAGACAAUGGAUCUGCUUGCAAAAUUAGCUGGUAGGAUCUUUGUUGCAUAACUUGUAUAGUGCAGCGAAACAAUGGUGUGCUUCGUUCAAACUUGCGGCUACUAAUUUUUAUGGGUUUGUUUCACUUGUUGAUGAUGUGCCUAGAUUUUCUGUUAUAAUCUAUGUCCAAGGAAAGGAAAAAAGGAAUCCUUUUUAUA